CCGAAGUCACAAGCAUGAAACCUGUCUUCCCCUCGUUCCGCUCCUCUCCUUCCUCUUCCUCUGUUCCUCCUCUCCUCUCCUCUCUAUUUCUUUCCUCUCGUCAGAACCCUAAACAAUACUCUCCACCGGCCAAUCCCCAGGCGGAGGAGGCGGCCGGAGAUGGAAGACGUCAGCGGCGGCACACCCGGGGCGUGCUCCAAGAACAAGAAGCCGCGCCACCUGCUGACGUACCACCAUCACCCGUACCAGGGCCAGGGGCGCCACCCGCCGCCGCCGUCGCCGGCGUCCGAUCCGCAGCGGGAAACGCAGGCGGUGGUGCUCUACACUACGUCGCUCCGCGGCGUGCGCCGCACGUUCGCGGACUGCUGCGCGGUGCGCGCCGCGCUGCGGGGCCUCCGCGUCGCGGUGGACGAGCGCGACGUCUCCAUGGACUCCGCGCUCCGGCGGGAGCUCCAGGCUCUCCUCGCUGCGCGGGGCCGCGGCUUCUCCCUCCCGCAGCUCCUCGUCGGGGGCAGGCUCGUCGGCGGCGCCGACGAGGUCCGGCGGCUGCACGAAGCCGGCGAACUCCGCCGCGUCCUGGAGGGUGCCCCCGGGCAGGACCCGGCCUUCGUCUGCGGCGCAUGCGGCGGCUUCCGCUUCGCGCCCUGCCCCGCCUGCGACGGCUCCCGCAAGGUGUUCGUGGAGGCGGAGGGCCGCGCCCGCCGCUGCGCCGAAUGCAACGAGAACGGCUUGGUACGCUGCCCAAGUUGCUGUUCUUGAUCGCUCAGUAUAUAAAAUUUUCAUGUUAAUAGUUGUACAAGAACGGAAAGAUUAGAGAUAGUGGAGAGAGGCAAGAAAGGAUGAGCCGUUCUUGUUUUCUUGGGCUGGUGUGUGUUGUGGUUAUGCUCUCAGUUGGACAUUGAGUAUGUUGUUUGAGUUUUGGGAGGAGAAUGAAUCUGUUCUUGACCCUGCAGUUGUCAAAUCUGCAGCUCGUAGAUCGCACCUGGUGAUUAAGGUGUCAUCUCAUAGUACUAUACAUAUUUGUGUGUAUGAAAUCUUGAUAAACCUUAUUCAUGUUAGUAGUAAAAGGACUAAAGGAUUAGAGACUUCGAGUUAGUACAUAGUGGCAAGAAAGGAAGGGCAGUUCUUGUUUUCUUGUCUGUUGUUAUUGCUUGUGUUCCCAGUUGGAGAUUGGGUUGCUGUUAGUGUGUGGGGAGGAGAACGAAUGGGUUAUUGGCCCUAUUGUUGUUAUCACAAUUGGUGAUCAAGGUGCCAUGAUCUCAUAUAUAUACUAGUUUGUGUGUGAAAUGUAUAUUUUAAACAAGUGUAUGAAAUGUAUAUUGAUUAUUGAACAUUCAGAACCAAAGUUGGUUGGAUCAAUGUAAGUAAUGGAGGAUUUGUGUUAAAAUGUUAAUCGUUA